AUGAUAAUUAAAAAUAAUGAUGGAGAAUCAACAAUAAGUGGAAAAGCAAUCACAUUACCAACUCCAAUGAUCUUUCCACCACCUCUUUUUAUUCGUUUUAUUCAAUAUAAAACAGAUGGUAAACUUUGGAGUAAUGAAAAUUUUGAAAUCAAUAGUGGAAAAGUUGAAUGCAAUGGAGAAGAUUAUGAACUUGUUCAAUCAAGGUGUAUAACUCAGAAAAUUGAUGAUGAUUCAGAAAAUGUAAUGGACAUUAGAAUAAUGCCAUCUAGACCACUCAAUAGAGAUUUACCAUAUUUUAAUUAA